AGUCACACGGAUAUCAGAAUGCCUUUUGUUCAAAUGCAACGAGAAGUGAACGAUCCGUGGACAAUGAAGUGGUCGGAGUACAGUAUGAUGUGUAAGACAUAAUUCAUUCUCUCACGAGUUACCGUAUACACGUACAUAUCAUACAGUUCUAUGAAUGUGUUUUGUAUAUCGAGGGAUCUAUGUAAUGGUUACACCAAUGUACAUGGAAGCAUGCGGUAAUGUGAGUAGCAUGUAACCGGAGCUUCAUGACAUCAUACAUCGACUGAUCAUUAAAAGAAACAUCUGACAGGAGAUGUAAGAUUCAGACAAGUCGACUGGUCUAUAGCUGAGUGAGUGAGUGUACAUACAACUGCAUUAUACCGGGCGCCACUUUCACAGCCUAUUCCAAUGGAUGCUUUCGCAAAUUUCAGAUCUGAAGCAGACAAUGUCUUCAAACCGUGCAACUUCAAUACUUCUUCCACUCAUGGAUCUUCUUGAUGUCUUAACAACGCCUAACUACGGCAUCACUCUCAGCCACCACCACCACCUCCACCAUGCAAGAUCCAGCUACUACCAAAGAAGCUAAACCUAGCCCCUCCAAGAUGACGCACGCGGUGAGAUCUGGAAAGACGUUCCUCUAUAUGACCGGUCUGAUUAUAGCCUGUCUAGCGGGAUACAUGUAUGGUAAUAUUGGCAGAGAUAUCGACAUUAGUUAUUCAAUCAGCAGUGUCAGUAUUGACAGUAGCUUGGUUCAUGAUGCUCUAAAGAAAGAGGCUGUUCAAGAUCUCUCAAGAUCUGUCCAGGGCAGCAGUAGGUCUCUACCGUUUGGAAUAUGUGAUGACAAUGAAGACUGUGAAACUGUAGCUGCUGAUGAUAUUGUGGUCAUACCGUCACAUUCUGAGAAGGAGGAGGUUCAAAAGGACGAUCAAACAUCACGAAAAGCUACCAUUAAACGAAUUUGUCGAAAAUAUGAACGCCUCACAUCCGAUGAAAUAUCAGAUGAUACGCUUAAACGGUUGUUUGUUAAUGAAAAACACCGAAUCGUAUAUUGUUCUAUACCAAAGGCCAGCUGCACGAACUGGAAACGACUGAUGAUGGUGGCUACUAACGACUCAAUUGAUUUGGAAUCGGUCACGAAAUUCAAUGCACAUCACAACGGUGUAUUACAGACAUUGUAUGAUUACCCUGAAUACGAACGAAAUACUAUCCUGAAAUCAUAUAAGAAAUUCACAUUUGUACGAAAUCCUUUCAUCCGUCUUCUGUCUGCAUAUAAGGAUAAAUUUGAGUCAUUAAGGAAAUAUCGUUCCAACCCCGGAGGGAAAUAUUUUCGCCGUUACGCUGCUGAUAUCAUGACCAAGUACAGAUUAAAUGCUACUCUCAGGGAAUUAGAGAGCGGCGAAAACGUGACGUGGUCUGAGUUUAUCUUAUAUGUCACACAUUUAGCAGUCGAUGAAUUCAACGAGCAUUGGAAACCUAUGUAUCAACUUUGUGAUCCGUGUCAAGUGGAGUACGACUUUGUGGGUCGAGUGGAAACAAUUAAUGAAGACGCAAAUUACCUCUUAAAAGAGGUAAUGAAACUGAAAACAUCGAAAUUUCCGACGUUUUCCGACUUCGCGACGAAUAGUUCGGAAUAUACGUAUGCCGCAUAUGGCGAUGUUACGUUACAGCAGUUGAGACUACUGUGGGAUAUCUACAAAUGGGACUUUUGGCUGUUUGGGUUUGAUAAACCAGACUUUAUUUGAAAACAACUCAAUCAAAGUCAUAUUAUGGUUAUGCACAUGCGAUUCAAACAUGGUCUUUAAAGCUGCUUCUUUGGACGAGUCGCUAAUAUUUAACUCGUGAAACGCCAUACCAUUACCUGCCACACACUAAGAAAAAAUGGUGCAACUAUGCACCUUUAGGGGUUCAAACCGAUGCAACAAUAGCAGCACCUUUAGGGGUU